AGAUGAUCGCGACGUCAUAUCUGCGCGACUAAUCACAUGGCAUGGCAUCUAUCGCUUGUCAGACCUAAGUUUCUUAUGUUGAUUUACUGCUGUAAAUCAUGGAUGUGCCUGUGUCAGAGGAUGACAGUUUUGGAAUAGAAGUCAUUCUGACAGAAGGGGAAACCAAAGCUCCGUCUUGUCCGCACGGUCCCACUUUGUUAUUUGAGAAGCUUAGCAAAGGAGAGGAGAGGGGCAGGAGGUUUUAUGCUUGCUCAGCCUGCAGAGAUAGAAAAGACUGCAACUUCUUUCAGUGGCAGGAUGAAAAGGUGUCAGAGGCCAGGCUGCUGGCCAGACAGGCAGAGAACCAGGCCAGGAGACCUGCCUUCACCCAUCAACAGUACUGCUCCAGGUUCAAAAAGUUUGUUUCCCUCCUGGAAGAUGACAAAAAAUUCUGUCAGGACUGCCAGAUGCUGUUUCUGCCGGGUGAACUCAAUGCCCACGCCUCCCACAAGUCUCGAGCCAUCAGUGUGGCCCAACUGAGGAAGCCCAGUGUGCUGCUGUGUCCACUGGAGAACAAGAAGAGCAAUGCCCAGUAUCUGUUCACCGACCGCAGCGCACACUUCUUGUUGAACACCUUAGCUGGCAAUGGUUACAGCAAGGUGCUGUGUGUGGGCACACCAAGACUACAGGAGCUGAUCAAAAUGCGUAACUUAGAUGGGAAACAUGAGACGAUGAAAAGUCUGCUGCUGGACAUUGACUUCAGGUAUGCACAGUUCUAUGGCCAGGAUGAAUUCUGCCACUAUAACAUGUUUAACCAUCACUUCUUUGAAGGGGAGGCAUCCAGUGCGGUUCUGCAGGCUUUCCUCAGUGAGUCGGAUGGGAAGAAGGUGGUGAUGGUGGCUGACCCUCCAUUUGGUGGCCUGGUGAAGCCUCUGGCCAGCAGUUUCUCUCUGAUCUCGCAGAUGUGGAGGAAACUGCAGAGCCCUGACAGCAGAAGUAUGGACAUGCCCAUGAUAUGGAUCUUCCCUUACUAUUUUGAGUCUCGCAUCCUGGAGUGUCUCCCCUCCCUCAUCAUGUUAGACUACCAGGUGGACUAUGACAACCAUCCUCUGUAUAAGCAUGGGAAAACAGGCAGAAAGCAGUCUCCUGUCCGGCUGUUCACCAACAUUCCUCCUGGAGAGGUUAUCCUUCCUGAAGAGGAGGGAUACAGAUUUUGUUCCAUAUGUCGGAGAUAUGUGUGGUCUCUGAACAAGCACUGUGCUGAAUGCAACAUAUGCCCAUCUAAGGAUGGUCGUGAAUGGAAGCAUUGCUCUGUAUGUGAGAAAUGUGUGAAGCCUUCAUGGAAGCACUGCCAGUCUUGUGGUCGCUGUGCCCUCCCAAACCACCCAUGUGGGCAAGGCCAGGGAAUGGAGGGCUGCUUAAACUGUGGCAGCGUGAAACACAAAUACAAGGCUUGCCCUCUAAAAGAUGCACAUAGAACCAGCAAGUGUCAGUCUUCUAAUGCCAAGAGAGAGGGCAGAAAUCCAUCCCAUCAUCCUUUCUUGAACCCCAGGGCUAAGAGAAAGUCUGGAGCUGCUCGUAAGGCGAAGAAGACAGCUGCUGUGUCCACAUGACGAUACCAUUCCUGCCCAUAUUGAGUCAAAAGUGAUGAAAAAACGUGCAUAGAAGGAUAAAAUGAUAUUUUAUUUUUAUCCUGUUACUUAUUUGUAUUUACCUCUUGAAGGUUCAGCCUUUUUGCCAGUAUCCCAUGCCCUUGUGUUGCGACUUUACCUCUGGUGUAACAGCUGUUCUGAACUGCUUGAUCAGAAAAAGCCUGCACUUGAAUAAAAAAAAAGAAUGGAACUUGA